UCGAAAACUUUAUUAAACAAAUAAGAAACAAGAGAGAAAAUUCACAUCACUAAACUAUAUAAAUUCAUCUUAAGCAUGGAUAAUUCCUGAUUAAUGGCGGAAUUCGGGCAAGUUAAAAUGUAUCGAAGUAUAUAUUUUGGCUUAAGUCUAGAUCUACACACGGAAGAAGAUGCAAUUUGAAGAUGUUGAGAAAUCUGGCAUAUCAUCCCAUAAUAUCCUCGAAAGAAAAAUAACGCAAUGGGCUUUAUUCUAAAGAGCUUAUAGAUCUAGUUUUGAAAAUACCAAGUAAAAUGUCUGGAAUUUGUGAAUUGUGAUAUUUUUAGAAUUGUGAAAAUGGAUAUAACAAAAAGUUUUCUUUUGGUUAAAAAGUUGAAUUCACGUAUUUCUUAGCGACCAAUAAUAAAGACGAAGGAAUGACCUCGCCUCUAGUCUAAAGUCUUUGCUUCAAAAUAAGUUGUGAACGGAGUGAGGAUUAAAGAAGUGAAAGGAGCAGGACUAAUUCUACAUAAGUUGUUCAGAUAAUGCCAUGUUUCGUUCACUCCUUCCGGUCAUCUGGAUAUCCUAAUCAAUGUGAGGGAAAACAAUAACGAAGUUGAACUGAGGAACCCAAUCAAUACAAAGUUUAUACAAGUCAGUCUGGUAAUGUCGCCAGUCGUCCUUGACCCGGGUUCGUCUGCUUUCUCUGCUUGACGCUCUCAGCCGAAGGCAACAAAACCAAAAUAACAUUUCCUGUACCCUUUUCCCGCCCCGGAGCUGAACCAACCGUGGAAAGUCGUGCCCACUGCCCGCCUGACAUGCCGACCACCACAGCGGCCUCGGAGCCGUCAACCAACACGAUCAGAGUUAAGCUGACCAAGCAGAAGUAUGGCGGCCUGGGCUUCCUGGUGAAACAGAGGGCCCUGAAGCCUUUCGUCUUGGUGGCCAGCAUCGUGAAGGCUGGGGUGGCUGAAGAGAGUGGCCUCGUCCAGAUUGGAGACAUCAUCCUUCGCAUCAAUGACAUCGACCUGACGGAGAUGAGCUACGCCAGUGCGAUAGAGGUCCUCAAAGCUGUGCCUAUAGACACCUCAGUGGUUCUGUUGUUGCGAGGCCCAGAAGGCUACACAACCUAUUUACAGACGACAUUCCAAGAAAAUGGACAGCCAAGGACAAUACGAGUCAGCAAACCUGUGCACGAGUCCAUUAUGGGCAGGAUUAAGAAGACCUUCACAGGCUCGUCUGCCCAGAUCUCUCCGGUCAAAGGUCUUAAGAGACUCUGCAACGGGGAGGUGGACCGUAAGAAGGGGGAAGGUGAGAUUGACAACGACGUGGACUCCACGGGCGGCGUCGGCUGCGAGUACGGAAACCUGGUUUCUAUUGAAGAGACAGAGGGUGCCGCUGGGGCGGUGGAACAUAAGCCUGGGGAUGGUUUCCAAGCCAAGAACGGGGAUGUUUCGAAAAGUUUCGUGCGGUCUGAAGCCUCCAAGUUUCUGUUUAAAAACGAAGGGAGAGUAGAGUCAGAGGAGGAGACUGUCCUAGACAACGGGGCUGUGGGGUCACCCAAAAUUGUGCUCACCAGCCCCAAAUCUAAAGGCUCCCUGCCCAGGGCGCAGACUUACGAUUCUGGGGUGGGAGACAGCGGCAGGGGCGGGGUGUGCAGCCCGUGCCACAAACGAGCCAUCGAGAUCGUCCAGGACGCUGACGAGAUCACGGUGGUCGUCCGGGGCGACGUCAGCGUCCGGAGCGAGGACUUGUCCGACCCGAACUCUCCCCGGACCUUCAUCAUCAGCACCCAAAGGCACAACCACAGCUGCAGCAGCAGCAGCAACAACAACUCGACGGCGCCCACGGCUCCACCUGCUCCCGCACCGGCCGAGAACCUGUGCAGCACUGCCAACAUCGCUACAAGCAUCGGCAACUUAGCAGACGACACGUUUUCCACUACGGGGCCCAUGUCGCCCAGAGGUUCCAUCUUCAGUAACGAUUUAGCAGGCGGUAGGACAAGUCCAUCUUCUGGGGGCCGGACCAGCCCAUCUAAGAGCCCGGUGACCAGCCCUACGAAGGCCUCCAACGGCGAAGAUGAAUUCGGACGUGGCAGAAGUAGUGACAGAAUGAAAAGAGCCAGUUCCCCUUCAAUAGGCCGGAGAAAGUCCUCGGACAGACGUGGCUCAGUCAGUACCAGCAUGGCCAGCCCCAAGAGAUUUGCCAAGGUCAAGAAUCUGCUGGACGACAAGACUUACGUGGACAUUCUGCACCAGAAGGCCAUAGCGGCAGUUCCGUGCUCAAGUGACAGAUGUAUGGGCUCCCUCAUGUCCCAGCAAGCUCACCGCCCUCCCGGGGCGCCGAGGACAACGGAGGAGCUGCUCCUGCACGCUAAAGAUUUUAUUGAGCAGUACUACACGUCAAUCAAAAAGAACAACACGCCUGCUCAUUUUAAGAGAAUCUCAGAAAUCACAGACGCCGUGGAGAAAUCUGGCACAUACGAGUUGACCACUGCAGAACUGACUUUUGGCGCCAAACUUGGCUGGAGGAAUGCUCCUCGCUGUAUUGGCAGAAUUCAAUGGUCCAAGCUACAGGUGUUUGAUGCCAGGCAUAUACUGACUGCUCGAGGCAUGUACGAGGCCCUGUGUAACCACAUCAAAUACGGAACUAACAAAGGAAACCUCAGGUCGGCCAUUACGAUAUUCCCGCAACGCAAAGAUGGCAGACGAGACUUCCGGGUCUGGAACGCUCAGCUGAUUCGCUACGCUGGCUACAAGAUGGAUGAUGGGAAGAUCAUAGGAGAUCCUGCCAACGUUGAGUUCACAGAUCAAUGCAUCAAGCUCGGAUGGAAGCCCAAAUAUGGAAUGUUUGAUGUCCUGCCACUAGUGCUGUCUGCUGCAGGCUCGGACCCGGAGUGGUUUGAGAUCCCCCCAGAAUUGAUACUGGAAGUGAAUAUUAGACAUCCAAAGUAUCCCUGGUUCUCUGACAUGGGACUCAAGUGGUACGCCCUGCCCGCAGUAUCCGGAAUGCUGUUUGACUGCGGGGGCCUCGAGUUCCCCUGCUGCCCAUUCAACGGCUGGUACAUGGGUACAGAGAUAGGUGCCAGGGACUUCUGCGACUCUAACAGAUACAACCUGCUGGAGCCAAUCGCCACAAAAAUGGGACUCGAUACAAAGAAGAGUUCUUCACUAUGGAAAGACAGGGCUCUUGUGGAAAUCAAUCUUGCAGUUUUAUACAGCUUCCAGUCUAGUGGAGUGACCAUCACAGAUCAUCAUGCGGCCAGUGAGUCUUUCAUCAAACACAUGGAGAAUGAGCAGAAGCUGCGAGGAGGGUGUCCAGGUGAUUGGGUAUGGGUGGUGCCACCUAUGAGUGGCUCCAUUCUAGAAGUGUUCCACCAGGAGAUGCUUCUGUACAAGCUGAAACCAUCCUAUGAGUAUCAGGAAGAUGCUUGGAGGACACAUGUGUGGAAGAAAGACAGGGACAACAAGCCCAAAUCUUCAGACAAACCUAAGAGAAAAUUUGGCUUCAAAGAACUUGCCAGAGCUGUCAAGUUCUCGGCCAAACUGAUGGGCAAGGCCUUAGCUCGUCGAGUCAAGUGUACGAUAUUGUUUGCCACUGAGACUGGCAAGUCUGAACGGUUCGCCAACACCCUGUGUGAAAUUUUCAAGCAUGCCUUUGAUGCUAAGGUUCUAUGCAUGGAAGAUUAUGAUGUGAGCUCGUUGGAACAUGAGUCUCUUGUUCUGGUUGUGACAAGUACUUUCGGUAACGGUGAGCCCCCGGAGAAUGGGGAGAUGCUAUCAAAAAGUUUAUUUGAAAUGAAGCCAUCAGACUCCAUGAAUGGAGAUCUCAACUCCACCAGGUCACACAGCACAUAUGUCCGCAUGAGUAUCACCAGUGAAAAGGAUUUUAAACUGGACACAGGGGACCUGGACAAAACUGAGGAUUCUUUGGCCAUGUUGACUGGACCUCUCGGCAAUGUCAGGUUUUCAGUGUUUGCCUUGGGAUCUAAAGCUUAUCCCCAUUUCGCAGCCUUCGGUUUUUACAUAGACAGAAUUCUUCAUGAGCUUGGGGCUGAGAGGAUCUUCCCCAUUGGAGCUGGAGAUGAGCUUUGUGGCCAGGAGCAGAGCUUUAGGACAUGGGCUGAAGGUGUUUUUAAGGCUGCUUGUGAAACAUUCUGCCUUGGUGAUGAUGUGAACAUUAGCGAGGCCACUGGGGCUCUAAACAACAGUGAUCACAGCUGGUCCCCCAAUAGGUUCAGAAUAUUACCAGUUGAUAACGGGAAGGAACCUGACAUUUGUGAAGCAUUAUCCAAAGUUCACAGCAAGAAAAUUCUGCCGUGCAUCUUGACAGAAAGAAUUCAGCUACAAGCUCCUGAUUCAGAUCGGCAGACCAUCUUAGUGAAACUCAACACCCAAGGUGCAUCAGAGCUGUUGUAUUCCCCCGGUGACCACCUUGGAAUAUUCCCUGCCAACUCUCCAGAUCUAGUGGAGUCCCUCUUGGCACGUCUGCACAAUGCUCCCAACCCUGACCAAGUGAUACGCACAGAAUUUCUUAAUGAAGUAUCCACACCAUUAGGCACCAAUAAAAGCUGGUCACAGAUUGAGAAGAUGCCAGUUUGUAGUCUGAGGACAGCCUUCACAUACAUCCUGGACAUAACAACUCCACCAUCACAGGCGUUGUUACAACUGCUUGCCACACAGGCAACUAGAGACAGGGACAAGGAGAAAAUUGAGGUUCUGGCUACGGAUUCCAAAGCUUAUGAAGAUUGGAAGUAUGACCUCAGUCCCAAUUUGCUGGAAGUCUUGGAGCAGUUCACCUCUGUCAGGGUCCCACCCUCCCUGCUGCUGACACAGCUUCCACUUCUUCAGCAGCGCUACUACAGCAUCAGCUCAUCCCCACAAAUGUGCCCUGGGGAGGUUCAUGCCACUAUAGCCGUCGUCAGGUUUAGGACUCACGAUGGCGCUGGUGCACAACAUGAAGGGGUGUGUUCUGGUUGGCUGAACCGGUGUGCUCCUGGGAACAUUGUGCCUUGUUUAGUUAGAGCUGCUCCAAGCUUCCAUCUACCAGAAAAGUCUUCGUUGCCUAUCAUCAUGGUUGGUCCCGGUACAGGCAUUGCUCCCUUUAGGUCAUUUUGGCAGCAGAGGAUGAUAGAUAUGGAGAUGAUGAAUGUGCCUUCACUUGAAGACAAGAAACACUUUGGAGACAUGGUCUUGUAUUUUGGCUGCAGGACGGCCAGACAAGACAACAUCUAUGGCAAGGAGCUGGAAGACAUGGAGAAGGCUGGAGUAUUGACCAAUUUCUAUGUGGCAUUGUCCAGAGAGUUUGAUGUACCUAAGGUCUAUGUCCAGGAUAUUCUACUCAGCAAUGCACCAUACGUGUAUGAGGCUAUAGUGAAGAAAGGUGGACACUUCUACGUAUGUGGAGACGUGUCUAUGGCUCAUGAUGUGACCCAAACCCUGGAGGUCAUUCUUCAGGACCAGGGCAAAAUGGACGCUGAGAAUGCUGCUCAAUUGGUCACUAAACUAAGGGAGGCCAACAGAUUCCACGAAGACAUCUUCGGUGUCAGCAUCAGAAAACCAGGAGAACCCAGAAGAUCCAAAGAUCAGACAAUGCUGGCACUAGAGUACUUGACUGCCGCAGUUCGGGCGGGCAAGCUGGAUGCCCUUCGAGAGAGAGCUAAGCCAAUACUUUUUAAAAAACAUUUCUAUAUUGGAAAGCCCAAGUUGUUCUCAAAGAAUAUAUUCACUGGACUUAAAGACUGUGAGAACUUGCAGAGUACAGAAGAGAAUGAUAAUGUGUUUUGAAACAUUUCCUUCAAAUGUCUUCUUUGUUUUUUCUUUUCAUUGUUUUUCAUUCAUUCCAAGGAAGGCUUUGCAGUUGAGAGAACAGACUAGGCUGCUCUUAGUGCUGCGUGAAUACUUACUUCUGUUUCUACUUUGUUGUGAUAUGCAAAGAUUUGUUGUUUCAUUUUCGGUCAUUCCUUGAACGAAUGUGAUGUGCGCGUGAAGGGAGCCUGCUUUUGUGUCUUGGUAGCAAGAGAAGGGAAGUAAAUGCUUGUGAUGUUAAAGGUGGGGGUUAACUCCCCUUUGUAUUUGCUCUUGGUGUAUGAGAGAUUUCCACAAAGCAAAGCACAAUCCCCACUUCAAGAGCUCUAAAAUUGUUUGCUAUUGGAAUAGAGGGCUUCAUCAUAGCACCCCACUAUGUGACACUACAUUUGAGACCCACUCCAAUAGUGAUUCUCAUAAUACCAAAGUCAUUGCAGUCACACUUACUUCCCAAUCACUUGUGAAAACAACCCAAAUAAAAAAUAACUGCUGGUAUCCUCUUUGAUUCCAUUCCCUAGUUGUUGUUUUUUUAUUCUAACCAAAGUUCAUCUACACAAAUAAAACCCAGAUUUAACUUUAAUAUUUUUUUUUUUUUGUAGUCAUACCUAGGAUAAAAUAUUUAAAACUGUGUAUUGUUGUGAAAGAGAAUAUUAUUAUCUUAUCUUAUUCUAAUUUUGUCAUAUUAUGUUUUUUUUUGCUCGGUAUGUUCAAGAAUCCUAAGUCGAGAAAUGGUUUAUCCUUAGAAAUCAAAGGAUAUCCUAUAUAGUCUAUCUUAUGGGAUAGGCCUACCCUUAAAGACAAUAUGACCUAUCCCAAAGGGAUGAUAUUCUAUUCUAAAGUGGGGAUACAUGUUUCCACACAGACAUAGUUGCCAGAAAUGUUUAAAAGUGACCAAUCCAACUAAAAAAAAGUUGAUAAUUUUGUUCUUUGAUGGAAAUGUUUUUGUACAUAAAUAUCAUGUAAUUUUUUUUUUCCCAUUCUAGAUAUUUAGUGUAUUUUUUAAUGUCAAACUCAUGCAAUCUAAAUCUUUCUAUUCUACAACAUUUAAUGUCUUAAACUGUUCCUCUUGGACCCUAUUUCACUUUGACUAUGUAAUGUAUGCCAUGCAUUUAACAUUUGAUGAAUAAUUUUUAUGUGUGAAGAUAUAUAGUGGUUAGAUCCUUCAAACAUUUGUAAUAAUAAGCACUCUAAAUGUUCAUUUUAUAGCGUCAGUUUCACAGUUGAGUUUGUUUUCUGCUGCUUCUCUAUUAAUGUAUCAUUUAUAACAGCGCUGUUUUAUAUUUCACUGUCAUCAUUUUUAUAAAGCUUAUAUCAACUCACUGUCUGUCUGGUAAAAAGUUUGUACACGUUAUUUCUCCCACACCCGUUCUCGGAUCAAGUUGAAAUUGUGCACAAUUAUUCACUGGCAUAGACAAGACAGGAGCCCAUUAAAAAGGAUUAACAAAAUAGUUAAUUAAUUACUGGUAAUUAAUUAUUUUGUUUGAUAUCAAACCGGGAAGUUAACCCUUUAGUGGGCAUGACAUGGCCUAAAUUGUGCCGAAAACCCAAAAUUUCAAAUAAGCCUAUGGUAUUCAGGACUAGCAAGUAAACUAUCUUCAACUCUGAAGGAACAUCCAAAACAUGUAAAACAAACAUUUCAGUGUCAUAUUCAAUAUAUUUUGGUUUACUGCCCUAAUGUAUGAAGUGGCCCGAGUUCAAAUGUUGUCCUAGAUGACCAAAUAGUGGACCAACAAUCAGAAAAUGUUAUCCUUUCUUGUCUAAAGCCUGAAGUUAAAAGUUUUUGUUUGUUUUAUCCAAACCAUACAGAUCUGUGGGACGUGGCAUCAAGCUAUUGGUUUAAGCUUCCCACAGGUUGCAAAGUUCAGACCUAUUAUCACGAUUGGUCUCGGUUUUAUUAUUUUAUUUUAUUCCCCUUUUUGAGUUACCUCUGCCUGCUAUACCGGUGUCCACUUGUUUCAAGCUAACACAUCCAAGUAUCUAGUACCAGUCUUUAAAAUGUUGAUUUAUUUUCAUCAUCUCUUCAUUUAACUCUUUCUCUCCUAACUGACGAUACCAACAUUGAUUUCACCAGAAUGUGGUAAAUAAUUACGGAGAGAAAGAGUUAAAGACAUACCCAGAAAAUCUUCAUGAUUCAAGCAUUGCUCUUUAAUGUUCACAUCUUUUACACUGUAUUGCAUUGGAUUUCAUGUACAGUUUUUGUUUCUUCACAUAAAAAUUUUACUGCCACAUUUUCUGUUGCUGUUCAACAAUGUUCAUGAACUGUCAACUUGAGCGACACCAGUGAGUGUUACACUUGUCUUGAUUGUAUGCAUAAAGAACAAUCUUUUUUUUUCAAUAUCUCAUUCAAACUUUUCAUAUGUUAACUGUUUUACUCUCAAAGCUUUCUAUUCAAACUUUUUGAGAAAUGUUGGGAUAAGCCUGCUCUGUAGGUUUGGGCAACCUGUGUGAUAGUAAUGUAGGGAUGCUAUGUGGGUAGGUCUAUAUAUAAAGUUAUUGGUAAAAUUAUUAUGUAUUGGUAGUGUUAUACUAUAUUUGUGGUUUUGUAAGUCAAGUGACUGAGACAUUAUGUUCUGUAAGUCAAGUGACUGAAACAUAUAUUCUAUAAGUCAAGUGACUCAAGAGAUUAUGUUCUGUAAGUCAAGUGACUGAAACAUAUAUUCUGUAAGUCAAGUGACUCAGAGAUUAUGUUUUGUAAGUCAAGUGACUCAGACAUGUUCUGAAAAUCUAGUGACUCAAGAAGGCUGAAGUAAAGUUUUUUGUUUUUUUUUUUGCUCUUUGGAUCCACCUGAAAAUUUAUCACCCAGUGUCUCGAUUUAGCCAGUUAAAAAGCUGAAGUAGAAAGGUUCCUGAAAUCGAAACAGAAACUUCGUCUAUCCUGUUUCCUUCUGUGAUUUAUAUAGCCACCUUUUGAUUAGUGACCAUACAAGUUUCCAUAUAUUAUCUCACUUGCCACUAAGUAAUGUCUGGCUACUAAAUGUACAGUCUGGGCAAUGUAUUAAGAUCGGUCUCUGUCUUUUUGUUUAUUUAUAUCCAUAACUAUUCUAUGCUUUCGUCUUUGAACCACUCUCUGCUUAUUGAUUAUAUUUUAAUUAGACCUGCAGAUGAUGUAAAGGUCAUCUGUUACUGUGGCCCACGGUAAGCAAUGGCCAGCACAAUGACCAACCGCCUUUCCUUUUCCCCAACUCAUGUUAGUAUCUCGUUACGGUUUUAACAGAAACAAGAUAUUUGACUUUUGAAAUCAACUUAAUCUUUUAAAGUUGGUAGGGAUUGAUAGGUAUUUUUUUUAAUGUAUUAAGGCCCUGAUUCCAGGUGUAGCUUGACACAUGGCUGCCUGGUCGUGCGGUUUGCACGCUGGACUGUCGUUCGGACUUAUCGAUGGUCCCAGGUUCAAACCCUGCCCGCUCCCAUCCCCCAUUGUCCUGCGGGAGGUUUGGACUAGGAAGUAAUUAUCUUCAACUCUGAAGGAACAUCCGAAUUAAGUAAAACAUUUUACAUUAUUGGUGUCCGUAAAUGUUCCAGUUCAAUUUGUAUUGCUUUAUUUAGCUUGAUGUGUGAUAUCAUUGUAUCAAAGGUCUAAUACAAUAUGCCCAUACCAUUUUUUUCUCUGCCAUUGCAUUUAAAUAAAACUUUAUUUGUACUGUUUUGAGUCUUCUUCUGGAAUGCUCUAACUGUGGCUUUUAGCUGUUGAAGUCAAUAUUGUACAGUUCAAAAAUGUCAGUGACAAUAUCAAUUAGGUCCAGUUUAUCAUGUUUAUACAAACAGCUGUAGCUCUUAAAAUAUGUUUAUACAAACAGCUGUAGCUCUUAAAAUAUCAUGUUUAUAGAAACAGCUGUAGCUCUUAAAAUAUCAUGUUUAUACUAACAGCUGUAGCUCUUAAAAUAUGUUUGUACAAACCGCUGUAGCUCUUAAAAUAUGUUUAUACUUACAGCUGUAGCUCUUAAAAUAUCAUGUUUAUACUAACAGCUGUAGCUCUUAAAAUAUGUUUGUACAAACUGCUGUAGCUCUUAAAAUAUCUUUGUGCAAACAGCUGUAGCUCUUAAAAUAUGUUUAUACUUACAGCUGUAGCUCUUAAAAUAUCAUGUUUAUACUUACAGCUGUAGCUCUUAAAAUAUCAUGUUUAUACUAACAGAUGUAGCUCUUAAAAUAUCAUGUUUAUACUAACAGCUGUUGCUCUUAAAAUAUCAUCUUUAUACAAACAGCUGUAGCUCUUAAAAUAUCUUUAUGCUAACAGCUGUAGCUCUUAAAAUAUCUUUAUGCUAACAGCUGUAGCUCUUAAAAUAUCUUUAUGCUAACAGCUGUAGCUCAUUAAAAAAAAAUCAAGUUUAUACGAACAGCUCAGGUCAAAUGUCAGUAGCUGUUAAAAUAUGCUGGUGAUGCUCUUGGAAGAAUUUUUUUUUCAACUGUCCCUAAUCCCCAUGCACUAUGCCCCUAAUAUAUUGUUAUGACCCUAUUGGCGGUGCAAAAGUGUUAACUAUAGGCUCAGCUGACACACACGUGAAUCACGCGGGGCCAUGGACAAGGGACAGUACUACGAUUACACGCAAAUAUGACCAAAGUUAUGGUAAUGUGAUCGAAAGCCUGCGUGUACGAGUGACACAGUGUGUAGGAAAGCGGCAGUUCAAGACCGGAGAGCGUUGAGACCGGGACUGUUAGUCUUGCCAUGAAGUCGGUCCUGGUUGAGUCCUCAGGUGUUGAUGUACAAGUCCAGAAAGAGAGACAGUAGAGUUUUGUACGGUGAUGUACAGAGUGACAUUUUUGUUGUUGAUGUGUUUGAUGCCAAUGGUCUAGUAUUGGCUGUUAUCUACUUAUUCACUCAUUAUUAAAGUACCAGAUUAUUUUGGAGCUCUUGUUGUCAAGUUCUUGAUGUGUUGAUGUAUUGUGUUGUGUUUAGCAGUGUUUACAGAAGGUCUGAGUAGGAGAGAGGAUCGUAACACUAUUGAUCACACCAUUGUCUAAUUUGCAUUAAAGAAAAAGAAUCAAAAUGUACUUUAACCAUUUGUUGUCCCCCUUCUAGUGAAGACUAUAUGUGUUUGUAUAGGUCAGGCUCAGGGCCUGACUCACAUCAUGAACAUAGUAGCGAUGUAUGGGGUGGUAAUUUGCAUACGGGCGAAAUGACUCUGGAUCAGAAGAAUGUUUUUUGACAUUCCGAUGGUCUAGAGGCUAGUUUCGCUUGGUGCGUUAUCUCUAGGCGGUGGUGUCGAAUCCAGUGUCACAGGUUCGAGCCUCGGUCGGCGCAUGCCCUUAUUUUCGUAGCAUUUUAAUUCACUACUUUCUCUCUUAAAAA